AUGUUGAUAAUUGGCGAAGAGUUCUGUAGCAUGCUCCCUGAUGAAGGUACAGGCUCAAAAUUCGACUUUGAAGUGUAUUUCGAUCCCAGCACAGAUCAGUGCUUACCUUUCCUAUACAAAGGCGAAGGAGGAAAUCAAAAUCGUUUUCAAAACGAAAAAGAGUGCAUCAGAAACUGUUCCGACACGCCAGAAAAGACCUACCCCACGGACGCAUUGGACAUUUGUCGCCUACCAAAGGCCUCAGGUAGUUCUAUGUGCAGUGCUAAUAGUGUGAGAUACUUCUACGACCCUAUUCAUGACAAAUGCAAAAAAUUCCUUUAUUCUGGAUGCAUCGGAAACGGAAAUAGAUUUCCUGAACAAAGUGUUUGCAACGCUACCUGUGCUGGCAUCCAUGUUGAGGGUGAUACCCCGGAGGAAGACGAGACAGACACUCCUAUUGCAAUCAUCUGUGGAGUUUUGCUUGCUCUUAUCGUUGUUACUAUCUUCACAACUGUGAUCGUCUUGACCCUUAAGACAAAGAAACAACACGCCAAGAAGGAAGCAGGGAAAGCUAGAGAUGCCCAGAGCGUCUCGCCUCUUCAGGAACAGGCGAUUGAAAUGGAGUAG